AUGGAUAAACACUAUUACUUUUAUGAUCGGUUCCUUCAAUGGCGCUUCACUCAAAUCAAACUAUACCUGUUCUUGAAUGAUAGAAUCUACACACAUCAUGGACACCUGAAAAACCAUGGGACUACAUUGCAAUACGAUCCAACUUCGGUCGGAAAGUGCCUGAUUGAAUUGGUGUUCCUGUGGCUGAUGGACCCACGUUUCUUUGGUAAAUCAAGCUAUGGUGAGAAACCGUACAUGUGUACCUAUCCCCUUCAACAACGAGUUUUGAAAGAUCCAUCAUUUGACUGCACCCCAUUUAUUUGCGGUGAGCGAUUCACACGAUCCGAUGAGCUGACCCGACAUCGUCGGCGACACGAUGACCUAAGACCCUUCGUUUGUUCCGAAUGUUCUCGGGCUUUUCGUCGUGCGGAUCAUCUUCAGAUGCACAUGAAGAGACACGGACGAAUACGCCAAUCAGAAAUACACGAGGCGGUAAACUUGGUCCCUGCUUCAUCAUCGAAUCCGCUGACAGUGUCAAGCACAACGGUGUCCGAGUCGCAAUUAGAGUGGUUCAAGAAAGAAAGUGACGGAGGUAGUGCUUACUCUAGUACUCCUCUCAAUCCUCCUCACUUGUGGUGUCAAUCGGAACAUGCUGCUCAUGUCUACUAUUCCACGACAUUUCCAAUCCAAUCGAACCCCAUGUGUAGUUCAUCAUGUGGGCCAAUAAUGGAUGUCCGUUGUCCGGUUUUCCCACCGUAUCCUGGUGUGGGAUUCUUCACAGGUUCCACCUGCUCUGGUUGA